GGGGCUGGGGCUGGGGCUGGGAUCGGCGAUGCUUGCAGGGCAGAGAGCUGUGUUUGCUGGCCAGGAGGAAGUCCGAGGCUAUCAGAUUUUGUAGUAGUGCUCGCCUUGCUUACCUCCCUCCCUCUCUCUCUCUCUCUCUGUCUCCUUCCUCUCCUCGAAGGAGGAACUCACCCAGUCUGGGCUCGUGCUCUGCACACUGCUCUUCCCUGUAGGCACUCUGCAUAACUCUCAGAGCACCCCGUGCUCUUCUCAUCUGGGAGCGAGAGACAGGGACAACGAGAGAGAGAGAGAGAGAGAGAGAGAGAGAGAGAGAGGCGAGUCUUUGUCUCGUAUCUUUUUGCUUUCUUUGCUGCUGCUGCUGCUGCCGGUCCCGUGGUCGCUGCUCUUUGCAGAUCCAUCUAUUUACACGAGGUGCUGGUGAGCGAGGCUCGGAUACAGAUUCACGUAGGAGGACGUAUUGUGUUUGCGGAGGGGGAGCAAGCGGUGGUGGGAGGAAAGGAAGGGGAAGCGGGCCAGAGAAAAUCGUGGAUCGACGAGAUCAAGAGAAGUUUCUGCCGGAGGAGACGAUGGUAUUAGGGUUGGCAUGAUGAUGGGGGUGGAGCCGUAGAGAUGCGAGCGCAGGGGUGCUGAUCCCGGACGGAUCUCGAACCGGGCGGGGCAGGAAAGUCGCGGAAAAAGGUGUUUGGAGGGGUAUUGGUUUCAUAAUUUUGAGUGCGCUAUCAGUAGGUAGGGAUGGCAGGGGGAUCGACGCAGCAGAACAUCAGGAAGGCGCUUGGCGCUAUCAAGGAUUCGACCAAGGUCGGAUUGGCUAAAGUUAAUAGCGACUACAAGGAUUUGGACAUUGCCGUCGUCAAGGCAACAAAUCAUGUGGAAUGCCCUCCGAAGGAGAAACAUGUCCGAACUAUUUUUGCUGCAACAUCCGUGGCAAGGCCUCGAGCCGAUGUCGCGUAUUGCAUACACGCUCUCGCAAGGCGAAUAGCGAAAACUCAUAAUUGGACGGUAGCUUUGAAAGCUAUGAUGGUUAUACAUCGGACUUUAAGAGAAGGAGAUCCAACUUUUCGCGAGGAACUCAUUCAGUACUCCCGAAGCAAGGGACACAUUCUCAAUCUAUCUAAUUUCAAGGACGAUUCAAGCCCAAAUGCUUGGGAUUACUCGGCUUGGGUGCGGACAUACGCACUAUUUUUGGAGGAGCGGCUUGAAUGUUUCCGUGUACUGAAGUAUGAUGUGGAAUCCGAGAAAUCAUCAGGACACAGCAAGACAAGAGAGUUGGACACAGUGGAAUUGCUUGAACAUCUGCCUGCCUUGCAGCAACUUCUGCAACGUCUUAUGGGAUGUCAGCCAGAAGGAGCAGCUGUUAGCAACUAUUGUAUCCAAGCCGCCCUAGGAUUGGUGUUGAAGGAAAGCUUUAAGCUGUAUCGUGCUAUCAACGAUGGAAUUAUCAACUUGGUGGAUAAGUUUUUCGAGAUGCAGAGGCACGAUGCAAUCAAAGCUUUAGACAUCUACAAGAAAGCUGGACAGCAGGCUGAAAGGCUCUCUGAAUUCUAUGAAGUUUGCAAAAGUCUCGAGCUUGCCCGGAGCUUCCAGUUUCCAACUUUAGAGCAACCGCCUCAGUCUUUUCUUUCCACUAUGGAGCAGUACGUUAAGGACGCUCCUCGUGUAUCCAACGUUCCAAAAGAAAUUGAAUAUUACGAUGAACGCGGUGGUGCAGGUCGUCUGCGCAUCGCUGCUUCUCCUUCUUCUCCUCCUGAAUAUAAGGAUGACCCUGAUUAUCAGGAUGCAUCACCUAGAGCCGCACCCGCCCCACCACCUCCAGAGGAAGCUCCUCCUCCUCCUCCUCCUUCCGCACCACCACAAAUGGAAACCGACCUUCUGGGUCUCGGCGACAUGCUCCCAGAUGCUAAUCAUCUAGAAGAACAGAAUGCUUUGGCUCUUGCAAUCGUUCCUCAAAGUGCUUCUGCAAAUGGGGGAACUCAUGAUGCCAACGGCGGGGUGGAUCUCUCCAGUGGUGCUACAGGUUGGGAAUUGGCGCUUGUCACCACCCCAACAACUGGCAAUGGCACUACAACGGCCAGUGAUCCCAACCAAAAAUUGGCCGGAGGACUUGAUAAACUUCUCCUAGAUAGUCUGUACGACGAUGCGAUGACACGACGUCCGAACUCGUACGGACAGGCACCCAACAGCUAUAACUCUCUUCCUGCUGGUGCACCCAAUCCAUUUGACACCGGCGUUGCUCCUCAAGAUCCCUUUAUGGCCUCGCGAGGUGUCGCGCCACCACCAAACGUGCAGAUGGCUCACAUGAUGCAGCAACAAAUGAUGAUGCAGCAACCACCCCAUAUGAUGGGUGGUCAGCCUCCCAAUCCUUUCGGUACCCCAUUCGGCGCUGCCCCCAUUGCCCCUCAGUUUCCUGGGGCCCUCCCUCCGGGCACUCCACCAAAUCAGAUGGUUCCUUAUGGUGCUCCGGCCCCUCAAUUCACAAACAAUCCGUUUGGAAACCCAGGAUAUCUGUGAUUUUGUGUUCAUUGUUGAAAAUUUCAGAAACUACUCUGUAUGUACUUGUGGUGGUUCCACUAAUAUUGAUUUACUCUGCACUAUCUGAAGGACUUCUACCAAGCAGCACAUAAUGUCACGGACAUGAAGUUCAGUUACAUGAGCAGUCCACAGACUAGGAAACCAGAAGGGAUGCCGACGUUCUGGCCUGGCACUCGGACUUUCCUGCAUUAUCUAGUGAACUUUCAGUCUAAAGCUGACAUGAUGUUGAAGACAGCCUGGACUGAAAUCCUGCACAAGUGUGUGACUCUUCUGUCACAAGAUAGCUACAUGUGGGGAACCUGGCUCUGUACUUUGAGGAGGCCUGCAGUGAUCACUCAGGUGAUUAUACCCAGCCCAAUGGGGGCUUAUAUGUGUUUCAGAGCAAUUAGAUGUAGGUAUCAGUUGAAGGUGAUUCUUUUCGUGGGGCUAUAGGUGAGCCGGGGCUGCAACUUAGGAUAAGAUGAGUUAAAACUGGCUGAUUGCGGAUGUUGUAGAUGGGAUGUCGCAGGAGACUUGUAUUAUAUUCUAUUUUUAAUUAUCACAUCAUUGUUUACAUCCAGCUCUUUUUGCGCCGGUGAUGUGACUCAUGCAGUGAAAGCAUAUGCUGUUAAGUGUAUGACAUUAGUUUGAGAUGAGAAGUUGCAUACUCACCAGACAUAACUUUUGUGGUCGCUAUGGGUUGCAAGAUUCAGCACAACCAUAAGCACCGGAUAGUCAACAAUGUCUCUUCCCCGCUGAUUUCUUAAGCAGCUCCAUGUGUGGAGUAUUGACCUCGUACCUUUGUGGACUACCCGAGUGUGUUCUUUUUAUACGA